UAAAUACAAGAGUUUUUAGAAUCUUCUAGGGCCACUUGUACGCGAAGCGUUCUGGGCAGGAAUACGACCCUCAGGAAGAAUCAUUGUUACAACCAAGUACACAUUUUACUGUUGAGUUAAACAGAGGCUACAGUAAGGGAUUUGCGCCCACUACACCACGGAGACCAUUUUACCCCGCAAGUUUAACAUGGAAAGGAUUUUUCAACUGUUUCACAACAUUUUGGGCUCGGUCGAUUAUAGAAAUUCUCACAUUUCAACAACAAAUAUUCUCAGGGCCUUUCUUCAGAUGUUAGAGCCAUCAUUAGUGCGAAUAUUGCAGCAAUUGUUAGAACAAUAUGGCAUUGGAAGAGAAGAGUUAUCAAAUACAAACCCACGCAGAUUAGAAGAUAGUGAUUUUUCUCCUUCGCCCCCUGAGAUUAACAUUGACCAGCCGGAACAUCCUUCCACAGGAGAUCAAGUCAUCAAUAUUCGCAAUGAAGUUCUCAUUAUAAACGAAUUGUCAGGAGAUUCAUUAUACAAGAUUACAAGAUGUCUAGAAUACUACGAACUUUUCUUCAGAAUCUGUAUGGAACACCUGGUGUAUUUAGGGCACAAUUGCACCAUAAAUUGUAUAGAACGGAAUACAAUAUUGCCAAGAAUUGUUCUCAAAUAAAUAGACUGGCAUACACGCCUUCUAGUAUCAGAUGUUAUUCAAGUUCAAGUACUUAUGAAACUACAAAGCGGAUUAAUAACAAAUUUGAUAAAGAUCGUGUUAAACAUGACGGUAACCAUGCACUAACAUCUGUACUUCCCGAUAAUGAUUUUGUUGAAGAAAAUCUAGAGAACUUGCUGCCAAGCCAGCGGCAAAAGCAUUACAGUGAUAUUCUGUUAACAAAGAUCUACGAGUGUCAAACAGCAGACGAAGUAUUUGAUAUUUAUAAACAACAUCGAGAAGUUAUGAAUGUACGCCAUCUUCUGACCACAAUGCGGCAGCUCAAUGAUCUUGUUUUUCAAGGUGUUGAAGAUGGAGCCGUGUUACAUGAAAUGGAGGACUUCAGAGAUCUCUGCCAUGAAAUAUAUGGCUCUGCACGGCGGAUGGAGGCUGACGAGUUGAUAGAAGUCCUGAAAUACUUGUGUAGACUAGAAGUGUCUCCCGAGUCAAAACUCAUCCAAUGUAUAUUGCAGAUGUUGAAACACUUCAUCAAUGAUUUGGAGGUCAAACAACUGAUGUUCUUGGAUUUCUUACUGAAAAAGAUGCCUUUGACAGCGUUGUCUGAUGCUUUACUGACGGCAAUUCCUAUACUUAUUGAAAAUUGCCUCAAGCCAGAAAUGCUGGUGGACUACUCCCUGUCAGAGCUUUCACAUCUUUUGUCCAUAUGUUCACGUGGUUUGGUCCGCAACAUUGGGAUAAUUCUGCAAGAAAUAUAUAAGAGAGGCAGCAUCACUAAGCUAUCUUCAGCUAUGACUAUCAUCUGGAACCUGACUGAAAUGCAGACAAGAAAGGGAACGAAGUCAUUACUCACCAAGGAAGACAUCUUGGCUCGGGAAGUUAUAAUGAAGGAAUGCUUGGAAGCUGUAGCUAAAGAUAUAUCUUCCUUGAAUAAUCAGCAGAUGGAAACAACACUUACAAAAGUAUAUGAUGCUUAUGAAAAGCGGGACGUUUGUUGUUAUAAUGAACAUUUUCUGCAUGCUGUUUCAAAGUAUGCUGUUCAGAAACAACUUGAUUUUGUAAAAGUUGCACAUCUUAUUAGAAAAUUGAUGAGAAUGAAUUACCAUUCAGAGGAGCUCGCAAAUUAUAUGGUGGAAUUAGUGUUGUCACAUCCUCAAGAUGUGCCUGAAGCCAGAGUGUCGGUGAUGCCGUUGCUCUCCAUCAUGUCAACCUGUGACGCUCCCCCUAGUGGUUGUAGUGAUGCGCUGGACAUCCUCAUGGAGCAUAAAUCAAUGAGACUAAACACAGACGAUUUUUUCAAGAAGCCACUGCUUUUAAUAGUUCAAGAUUUGUUCAAUCUUGGCUACUGCCAUGAAGGUCUGGUAAACAUUAUCACCAAUCCAGACACACUUAGAAUAUACUUGUCGAAAUAUUCGAAGGAAGAUGUUAAUCACAGAAGGUUGUUGGAAGUAGAUAUGGCACUUGAUAAACUCUUCAAUUCACAUGAAAGAGUUCCAAAGACAUUUGUAGACAAUGGAAAGAGACUGGUGCUAAACCAGCUGCCAUCCAGGUCCGACUUGAAAUUCAUCCUUCACCAGGUUUUGGACGAGCCUGAACACCUCAUUUCAGGCGUUGUCACAGACUCUGGUAUUUAUAUUGAUCAUCUUUUAGUUUUGGAUGAAGAAAGACAUCCUGUGCUGUUGAAUCUACCAGAAGUAAAAUUUGAGAGAAAUAUAAGUACAAGCUUUUUAGAAAUCCCAGAAGGCUUCACUAGGAUUGCUGUUUUAGAUAUUGGCUCCUCUCAUGUAUAUAAACCUAGUGAUCGUCUGAGUGGACCUGCCCGCCUUAAGGAGAAGUUGCUGGAAAGUGAAGGCUACACAGUUCUCAACUUGCUGCAGCCAGUAAUAUUUCGACAUCAUGCGGAAGAAAGAUUUUUGUAUGUCAAAAGGGAACUUAUGAAUGCAGGUAUUGCGUUUAGAUAAUUUGAAGUGGGAGGGACAUGAGUAAGGUUUUAAAAUGUUCAAUUGAUUUUUUUUUUUUUAAUAUCGCCUGUUUUUUGAUGAAGAGCAUCCACUGUACUAAAUUUUAUUCGAUUCUUCAUUUUUCCAAACAGAUGUUAUUAUUUAGGAUUAAUGUACAGUACUAGUUUUAUGACUUGUGAUCCUAAUGUAGUUGAUGGCUGAGGGGGCAGCAUGAAUUUACCUUGAUGUCGAGUGUGAAAGGUCUUAUUAAAGGCAAGAUGUACUAUCAUUGAAUACAAUAUCUUGAUUGUUCUCUUAAUAAUAUUUUUCCAUCCUUUCUGGGUGAAUGGCUUUUUUGUUCCAAGAAAGUAGGAAACAGUGAUGGUACGGUUUAGAAUUUAAUUUGCCUUUCAACAUUAUAAAUUGUAGGAUGACAUAUUUGUGUUAAAAAUGUUGUAGUCACUUAUGAGAGUAAAAACAUUGUUUUAAGUCAAAAUAGGGGAUUGUGCUUUAUAAUAUGUUUCAUAACAUUAAUCUUCCACAUUAAAGUAUGAUGAAAAUGUAUGAUUUCAAGAUUAUAAGAUCAAAAUUCCUUUUAAUCAAAGUUAUUAAUUUAUACAAUUUAAUGAAAAUUAUAUUAGCACCACUUUUUGCUAGAUUUAUCAUUAAGAAAUACUCUCCCAAACCUAAAUAUUGCUGUUUAUCUGGAUUGUGGAAUAUAUUGAUAAGAUCUCAUUAUGCUUCAUUUCUCACCCAAAAUGAAUUGAAUAUUUGAAUGCAUAAACAUUUGUCUUAAUGUUACACUGUUUUCAAGUGAGAUGUACAAAAUGACUUUACUGUAUUGUACUUUGUACAAAAUUACUGUAUUUUAUUUUUUCAUUUAUUCUUCACAAAAGGAGAGUACAAGAGGCAUGCAGAUGUACAGAUGCAUUUAUAAAUACGCAUUUUGAGCUGCAUAUCAUGCAUAAUAAUAAUAAAAUAACAAGUAGCAGUUGCCAAAAGUGAUAUAUAAUCCACUUGUAUGUCUUUCCUUCAUUGUCGCUUUUGUAAUCAGUUUGGUAAUAUUUUAUAUUGUACAAUGGAGUCCUACUUGAAUGGGAUCAUUAACUCUGGACCUCUUCUGCUGCAUAAGAACGUCCAGUGCAUCUCAAUUUUGCUUUUAUUAGUACAAACAAUAGAACACAAUUUUGUAAAUGUCAUAUUUUUAUACCAAAAUUAAUUGCAAAAGAGUAAAUUUUUAUGAAAUUAAUAUUUUACUGAAUUAUUUUAAGUGUAGUGUGGUGAGCUUGCUUAUUCAUGGUGCAAAUGUUAUGAUAAUGAACAAAUUCUAUUUUGUCCUUUUUAAUACAGUACUACUGUAUCUGUAAUUUUUCACAAUUGUUAACUUUGGAUUGAUGCUUACCCAUAAAAGUGAGAAAUAGGGCAAUGAUGUAACACAAUAUAUAUGUUUUUGGCAUGACAUUCUGGUCCAGGUAAUAUUGCACGUUGAAGAUAAUUUUUUUUUUCUCUUCUCGCUGUUCUCACUGUACUAAUGAGGGAAAUGAGAAAUAUCCCAGACUCCUGUUACCAUUUCCCCAGACAAAUCUGCAUUCUUGCAAUUCAAUGUGCUGCUCACUCAAGAUGGGAAUUUUCACGGAUUUGUUGUAAGGACAUAAAAAUACUGAAAACCUUGCAUCUUGUUGUACAUCUGGCACAUUUAAUUAGAUAUGAAGUAUUCUAAACCUAGUUAAUUUUAAAAUUAAUUUUGUACGAAAAAGUGGAUCUUUGGUUCGAGUUGAUACAAAGAUUAUCAUUCUUCCUUAUAUUGUCAAUAUUCCUUCAAGUUCUUUAAAAAAAAAUAGUUAAAUGUGUACUUUUUGAUCGAACAGAAUUUACACUGUAUCAACAGAUAAUGGCAAUUUUACGCCUUGGUUGAAAAUUAAUAGGCUAAUAUUCUAGGUCACUCAUUAGUAAAUGGUAUCACAUUCUUGUAUCUAUGUACAAUAUAAACUUGUAUAUACUGUAGUUGUGCAGUAUUGUCUUAUGUAUGAUGUAUAUAAUCUUAACUACUGUAUUUAAACUUGUUAAAUAAAACUGUACUGUAUUAUAUAUAUUUGUCAUAUUUCAUUACAGUCCUCAUAAUGAAGUCUGUAUUGAGAGGUUGUAUACAUUGUGUACCUUAGUUUCUCAUUACACAGUUAAAUAUUUUGUUAGCACACUGUAAGCACACUUCUAAUGCAUAAAAUAUAUUUUAUUAAAUGCAGUGAAUGGUGUCCAUGAUGCAUACACAAAGAGGUUAUAAAUAAUAACUCAUUUCAAAUUGAAUUAAGAAAUGUUGAACAGAUAAACGUGUGGAACUGGAGCAUUUUACACUCAGCAAUGUUGACAGUCUAAAACGAAUAUAUAUACUGUAGCUUAGAAUAUAAAUAUGAAAAAUUA